AUGAACGCCAGGAUCAUCGGCUCGGGAGACCGUACGAUGGUCCUGGCUCAUGGAUUCGGGGGAGACCAGACGGUAUGGGACAAGGUUCUUCCGGUCCUGUCGGAAUCUUUCAAGAUCCUCGUGUUUGACUGGCUCUUCUCCGGAGCCGUCAAAGACCAAACCCUUUACGACCCUUUCAAGUAUACUUCCUUCGAACCCUUUGCGGAAGAUCUCAUCCUUCUAAUGGAGGAAAUGAGAUCCGGAUCCUCGGACCGACCCGUGAUCUUCGUCGGACAUUCCAUGUCGGGUAUGAUCGGCUGCGCUGCUUCCGUUAAACGUCCCGAGUUGUUCGAACGGCUUGUUCUUAUCGCUGCUUCUCCAAG